GGAGCCGUUCCGCAAAAGACGCGCAGCCCAGGCGAGUGGAUGUGAGAGCGAGGGAGGCAGCGUCGUCGGAUUUGCCCGCAGUUUGCAACCCCGCUAAGCCUGGAGGCCGCCCCAAUGGAGCCGCCGCUCCGGGUUGGAGCCCAGCCCCUUGCCACUGUCGAGGGUAUGGAGAUGAAGGGACCCCUCCGGAAACCCUGCGCCCUGACCCUAGCCCAGAGGAAUGGGCAGUAUGAGUUAAUAAUCCAGUUGCAUGAGAAGGAACAGCAUGUUCAAGAUAUCAUUCCUGUAAAUAGCCACUUUAGAUGUGUUCAAGAAGCGGAAGAAACUCUUUUGAUUGACAUAGCAUCAAACAGUGGCUGCAAAAUUCGGAUUCAGGGGGACUGGACCAGAGAGCGCCGCUUUGAAAUCCCUGACGAGGAACACUGCAGGAAGUUCCUCUCAGAGGUCCUUGCUGCUCAGGAAGCUCAGUCACAACUUCUUGUUCCAGAGCAAAAGGACUCAUCCAGAUGGUACCAGAAAUUGGACACUAAGGACAAACCUUCUGUUUUUUCAGGGCUUCUUGGAUUUGAGGAGAAUUUUUCAUCUAUGAAUUUGGACAAGAAAAUAAAUUCACAAAACCAGCCUAUGGAGAGUCAUCGAGAACCUCCGCCCCCACUCCCUUCAGUGACUAGAAUGCCUCCGCUUGAAAAAGAAGCUACUAACAAGGAGCAGCCCAAGGUGACCAACACCAUGAGGAAGCUCUUUGUACCUAAUACCCAAUCUGGGCAUAGGGAGGGUCUCAUCAAACAUGUCCUGGCAAAGCGUGAGAAAGAGUAUGUCAACAUUCAGACUUUCAGGUUUUUUGUUGGAACUUGGAAUGUGAAUGGUCAGUCUCCAGAUAGCGGGUUAAAACCUUGGCUGAACUGUGAUCCCCAUCCUCCUGAUAUCUACUGCAUUGGAUUCCAAGAACUGGACUUGAGCACAGAGGCCUUUUUCUACUUCGAAUCCAUGAAAGAACAAGAGUGGUCUAUGGCCGUGGAGAGGGAUCUGCAUUCCAAAGCCACAUAUAAGAAAGUUCAAGUAGUCCGCCUUGUUGGGAUGAUGCUUCUUAUAUUUGCCAGAAAGGAUCAGUUCCAGCACAUCCGUGAUGUUGCUACAGAAACAGUUGGAACUGGAAUCAUGGGGAAAAUGGGAAACAAAGGUGGUGUAGCUGUGAGAUUUGUAUUUCACAACACUACGUUUUGCAUUGUCAAUUCCCACCUUGCUGCCCAUGUGGAGGACUUUGGAAGAAGGAAUCAAGAUUAUAAGGACAUCUGUGCACGAAUGAGUUUUGUGGUCCCAAAUCAGACCCUCCCUCAGCUAAACAUCAUGAAACAUGAUGUUGUCAUUUGGUUGGGAGAUUUGAACUAUAGACUCUGCAUGCCUGAUGCCAAUGAGGUGAAGAGUCUUAUUAAUAAGAAUGACCUUCCGAGGCUCUUGAAAUUCGACCAGCUAAAUAUUCAGCGUACACAGAAAAAAGCUUUUGCUGACUUCACAGAAGGGGAUAUCAAGUUUAUUCCCACUUAUAAGUAUGACUCUAAAACAGACCGAUGGGAUUCCAGUGGGAAAUGCCGGGUUCCAGCCUGGUGUGACCGAAUUCUUUGGAGAGGAAUAGAUGUUAAUCAGCUUCAUUACCGGAGUCACAUGGAACUGAAAACCAGUGACCACAAGCCUGUUAGCGCCCUCUUCCAUAUUGGGGUGAAGCUUGUGGAUGAACGGAGGUAUCGGAAAGUCUUUGAAGAUAUUGUACGCAUCAUGGACAGAAUGGAAAAUGACUUCCUUCCUUCCUUAGAACUCAGCAGGAGGGAGUUUGUGUUUGAGAAUUUGAAAUUUCGGCAACGACAAAAGAAGAAGUUCCAGAUCAGCAACAAUGGACAGGUUCCCUGCCAUUUUUCUUUCAUCCCUAAACUUAAUGACAGCCAGUACUGCAAGCCAUGGCUUCGAGCUGAACCUUUUGAGGGCUACUUGGAGCCAAAUGAGACAGUGGACAUUUCCCUUGAUGUGUAUGUCAGCAAAGACUCUGUGACCAUCCUGAACUCAGGGGAAGAUAAGAUUGAAGAUAUUCUUGUCCUUCACCUGGAUCGAGGCAAGGAUUACUUCUUGACCAUCAGUGGAAAUUACCUCCCAAGUUGCUUUGGUACAUCCUUAGAGGCUUUGUGCCGAAUGAAAAGACCAAUCCGAGAAGUUCCUGUUACCAAACUCAUAGACUUGGAAGAAGACAGCUUCCUAGAAAAGGAGAAAUCCCUUCUGCAGAUGGUUCCCUUGGAUGAAGGUACCAGUGAGAUACCCCUUCAGGUCCCCAAGGAGAUCUGGCUUCUAGUAGAUCACUUACUUAGAUAUGCCUGCCACCAGGAGGACCUGUUCCAAACCCCUGGAAUGCAGGAAGAGCUACAGCAGAUCAUUGAUUGUCUGGACACCAGCAUUCCUGAGACAAUCCCUGGCAGUAAUCACUCUGUGGCUGAAGCACUACUCAUUUUCCUGGAAGCCCUGCCAGAGCCAGUCGUCUGCUAUGAGCUGUAUCAGCGAUGCCUUGACUCUGCCCAUGAUCCCCGUGUCUGCCAACAGGUGAUUUCGCAGCUUCCAAGAUGCCAUAGAAAUGUUUUCCGUUACUUGAUGGCUUUCCUUCGAGAACUCUUAAAAUUCUCUGAAUACAACAAUGUCAGCGCCAAGAUGAUAGCCACUCUCUUCACUAGUCUUCUCCUAAGGCCUCCACCAAACCUUAUGACAAGACAGACUCAGAGUGACUGCCAGCGUGCUAUCCAGUUCCUCCUGAGUUUUCUGCUUGGGAGUGAUGAAGACUAAUUCAUUUCCUCUUACAACUCUCUGAGAUUCUAGAAGUGCAAGAUCUUGAUCUCAGAGUAUUUCAGAAUGGUUCGCAAAGUCGAGCCACAGAAAGGGUCUGUUGCAAAGUUUCAAAGCUGUUGGCAUGAAAAAGUUCUAUUUAUAAUGCAAAAAAGAAGAGUGUUUCCUAAUCCCUCCUCUACCCGUUUACCAUAUCUUACACUGCAAAAUACUUUUAGACCUAUAUUGCCAAGCCAAAGUUACCAUAUUUUGGUGUUUUUGUGUUUUCUCUUUAGAAAGCAAAGAGAUCUUAUGUAUUUGUACUUCUUCACCUAGGGAGGUGUUUGUUGCCCUCACACCCAGUUGUCAUGAUUGUCUCUACACCUAGGUUCUGAAGUGUCCCAUUCUAGGCAUAUGAGCACUAUGUGCUGUAACUCAGAUUUGUCUGUAGUCCUUCAUCUAAAGCAGUCUUGAUCCAUCCCCUCCCCAUAUCUCUCCUUUGCACUCCACUCCACUAGUACUGUCACUUUGAAGGAAGUCUGGGUUGGGCUAGUGACUCUUUGGGUGUCUUCAACGGUGAGUUAACUGUCUACAUAUGGUUGUUACAUGCAUUCAUGUAUUUCUACAGUGGCAUCUGUAUGUCUCUGUAACAUUGGCCUUGCCAUGGAUCUGCGAUGGGUGGAACCAUAUUGUCUUGUCUCACAGCACAUUUAGUAAUAUAACUUUAGGGACUGUAGGAGAUAACAUCCCAUUGAUGUGAGAGAAUCACAACCAGAAUGGAAGCAUUUGGAGCAUUUCAAGAGUGAGUAUAUUCACAUUUGACAGGUCCUGCUUCCUGCCAUCUCUUUCCUGUUCCCCUUUGGAUUAGAAGUGAGGACUGAUCCUGGGUGUCUGUGAGACGCAUCCCCCACUUACCUCCAGAGCUAUACUUGCACCACAGUAAAAAGGGGAGUCUGUGCACCUCAAGCUGGCCUCUCUAGGGAUAUAGCUCCUUCCCACAGGAGGAUAGCCCUCCAGUUUCCUGAAGUACCAAGGGGCGGAUGUAGCCUCCUCCCUCAGCAGAGCUGACUCUGGGCUCUACAGUCAGCCCCUGCAAGUAAAGGAUUUAGAGCCUCCCCGGGCUCACCCAGUCACCUUAUCCAGUGUUGUCUAAGAGAGACUGUGGACAGUGGGACCAACCAAGCACCUUAUCUCUCUCCCACCCGUAUCUCUCUCCUACCUGAGACAACUCUCUGAGCUUUUCAUUUAUUCAAGCUCUGUGGGGCAGCCUUUUUUUUUUUAAUGAAUCUAUGUUGGUUGGCAAACAAGCUGCCACCAACCACUGACUGUAAAACUGCCUGAUGCAAUUGACUUCCUCCUGGUUGUCUUUCAUUAAAACCACUGAGUUGAUGCAUUCUUGCCUGAUAACAUUAAAUCCAAGGAGCAUAAUGUACAGGCUCUGUGUAUGAUCUUGGGCCUUGACUCCAUGACUCUUUUAGUGCAUCUACGGAGAGGGGUGUGGGAAACACUACUACCGAAUGGUUCUCCAAUUCCCCCAGCUCUUCAAAUGUGUGUUCUUUGGGGAAGAAGAAGUACAUAUCUUGUAAUAUACUGGUUAAACACUUUCCUGAAUGGGAGUUAUGAAAGUAGGAGUCGAGUUAUUUGUGCCAGAUAGCUGACUAUCUGAGUGAGCAGGAGAUGGACGUUCAACCUAAUUAACAGAAGAAUGAGAUCAGGAAGUGGUCACAGGAGAGGCAGAUUAUAGAGGCUGGAGGAAGACGGUAACAGAGACAGGGAAAUUCCUUUCCUGGGCAUGUUUUCUAGUAUGUUACCAACCUGGGAUCUUUGGGUGAUCAAAGAUGUGCUUAGUGGAAGCCAUGUGCAGCACACUGCAGCCAUCCUAUGUAUUUCUUCAUAAGGUUAAAGCACUCAGUUGGUUUGCCACCUGAACCUUUUUUCUAGCUCUGAUCAUUGGAUGUGUUCAGGGUUGAGGGUUUUUUAGACAAUCUCUAGGAAGGGGAGACAAGAAGUAGACCAGACAUAAGAAACCCACUUCCCUACUGUGCCUAUUCCAGGACCCCAACCUCUAAUUCCAAAGUACCUCUAAUAUACUAUUUCAUAGCUCCUCUAAAGUAGGAUUUCAGAUCCAACUGAUAGGGAAGGACUCUGCCUUUUGAUUUUAGGGAAGAGAUGGUUAAAAUCCAUCUGAUAAAGUUGAAUUAGUCUCCCUUUCGUUGUUUUCUGAUUCUUGUUCAGUAAUUGUUUGUUAUAUUCCCUGUAAUGUCAUGGUCACUAAGCAAAGCUGCUAGUGGGAUUCUGUAUUUCAUGUCAUCUUUUUUAUUAUAAUUUAUUACAAAUUUUUUUCUGAAUAAAUAUAUGUU